GUAGCAGUGUCGGUGGUUGCCUCAGCCAGAUGAGCUCCUUCUUGUGGGCCGUGGGUUGGCUGUUAUGUGUGACUGAUUUAUUUCUUUAUGGGGCCUCUUGCUUUCAAGGUUUGUGGUGUUGAGUCGCUGGAACUGCUCCUGUGUUGCUCUGGCAUUGAGAAAGCGUUAAACUAUUGAGUGAAAAUGGAAAAAAUGAGGCCUUGGGUUUUUGUCUUGUAGACUGUAAAAAGGCAGCUGACCCCAUAAAGGGUUCAUUAUCCUGCGUGAGAAACUUCAUGUUUGGAGGCUGCUUGUUGUGGAUCCCUGGAAGGAGCCUUUCCAAAGCUUAAAAACCUCCUUCCCAGGUCUUUUGUUUUUGAACCUGAUCUUUGCAGCCGAAGGACUGAAAUGAGUGGGCAGUGUUUGCUGUUUGGUUAUCUGCACACAAUGCUUCUGUCACAUUAGUGCUGUAUUCAUGGUCCUUAUGGGCUUUCGAAGGACAAGUGAGCUCAGUGCUGCCUAUCCCUGUGAAAAGCAUAUCAAUAUUUCUGUUUACGAGUUUUGAUGGUGAUGGAGACUAUACUGAACUUUUUCUUCUGUUACUUCUUUCAACAAUUGAAUUUUCUCCCUCUUGGCCAAGUCAGAAGAUGAAAUGCUUGUGAAUCAACUGAUUUUACAAGAGGGUUAUUGGGCUUUUCUGUUGUGAUAAAGUAGUUGGCGGUCCCAAGCCUCCUAAUGCCUUCAUUUUUAGGAGCAGUAAGGAGGUGUAUUUCUCAAGUUAGUCCUAACCCGAAUAACUUGUCUCCUGGAAUGUGAUGCUUUCUGGCACUUUGCUAUGUGCGUUCUUCUCUUGUGUGUGAGCUGUUUGAAAUGAAGACAGCUUUAUUACCUUGGUGUGGGAUGAGAUAUCGAUGUGACUGUUGUUAUCUGAUGGAAUAACUGGCUGCUUGCUCUUGACAAGAAGUUGGUGUGAGGAGCUUGCUUUCAUCCUGCACCUCUCUUUGCUGUUAACCUGCAUAGGAAAUCCUUAGAUGAGCUCUGUUAAUUUGCUUUGCAGUAAGCAGCUACUUUCAGUGCAUUUCUGACCACCUGCAGUUGCUGUCAGCUGUGUAAACAAAAUUGUAAUUAAUUUAUAAGUGUAGCUCGUUAUGGAGGCUGACUUAACGUUGUGGAUUUUGUUUUGGCUUAAACGAGAGCUGAGCUGUUUGCCACUUCUAUUUUUUGUGUCAGUACACCAUAGAAAGAUAAGCGGCCUGAUCUGUUAGGUCGGCACCUGCUGUCGUGUUCAGGAGGCCUGGUUUGUUCUCAGUUUAUUCUCUUGCAUUUCACACCAGCAGUCGAUCUGCAGCAGGUGAGUCUUGGGGCUGCUUCUUAAUGUGCAGAGAAGAGGUUUUGUCAUUUGAAAGCGGUGAUUUAAUGAGGAGGGGUGGGAGAGGGAGGAAAGAAGCAGCACAGUUUGCAGGAAUGGGAGCAAAUUGCAGCUUUAAGUGGUGGUGGCUUUGGGAGGAGGAAUAGGAGACGGGUGAGGAAUGGAGCUGAGUGUGGUGGUGUGGUUUUCAGUUAAAAAGGUGCAUUUGCAACAGUGUAGGCACAGUUUGCUACAGAUGCUUUCCUUGUUACUCUCGAGGAAGUGCCUUCCCUGCUUUGUUCCUUUAUCAUUCUUCUCUGUCGUUUAUAAACCAAAUCAAUUAAGUAAAUGAGGUCACUACCUCGAGCAGCUGAAGCCUGAGAGUUGUGGUUUAUGGCAGUAGCAGAUGCUGAGGAUAUCACAGGGACACAAAACAUUUGAAAGAAGAAAAUGACAUGAAAAAUAUAAUAACGUGUUCAGAAAGCUGAGGAGGAGGAAGAAAUCAAUUAUAGGGGUGACUAAGAAGAACAUGUGUAUAAACAAAUUUUAAUCCUGUCUCUCUUCCUACUGAGAACAGGAAGGACAGAGGCUGUGAGAAGCACUUGGUCAUACAAGAACUGAGGCUGCACAGAAAUCUAGAGAGGGAGCUGCAUCUCCAAGCAGGUCUGGAGCCAGGUCUGUGCAGCUCUCCUGUAGGACGUAAAUCUGCCUUGGAAUUCACUUGCAGUUCCAGAUUAUCUCCUGUGUUUUGUGGGAUAAACAGACCUGUAGCUACUUGUGUGCUACUUCCAGAGCAUAGCUGCUGUCGUGGUAUUGUUUUGGAGCUUGGGCAGUGCCUUCAGUACAUCACACGAGCCCUUUCAUUGAUGCAGCAGCAGAGGACUUCUCUUGGAGAUCUGAGAGGCCUCUUCCAUCUCGUUGUGCUGUGAUGGAUGUGGUGCAAGGAUGCAGCUAGAUCAAUUCAUUAUGUGCAAUUUGAGCAAAGAGUGAGUUGGUGUUUGGCUGAGUUGUUCUAUUUAUUAUAUGGCUAAAUAAAUUGAAGCCAUUUUUCCUUUUGUGGAAAUAAAUAAUCUCUGCUGUCCCAGCCCUGUGUAUGAUUUCUAUUUCUAACUCGCCGAUAAAACAUAAAUAUUGUGGCUAUAUAUUACCUCCCCUGCUUAUUAACGUGCAGACAAUGCACAGGAGCUGAGCUCCUUGAAACAAUGUGUGUUUUUGAUGAAUGAGGAUGCAGAGGAAGAGCCAGCAGUCGUGACUCAGUAGUCAAUGAGGAUGGAACCCCAGCGUGCUUCCCAGCCGUGCUGCUGCAGUGGGAGCACCUCCUUGCCAAGGAACCUCAGGAAAUGCAGCAACUCUGCCUUCUAGGCAAGCUGGGGUAAUUCACUUAAGUGUGGGAUAUAGCUUUUGCAGGCACAUGUGAUGUUCCUUUUGAGUAUCGUAAAUCACUUUCAUAUUAAAAGCUGGAGGAAGACCCCGUGGUCAUAAAACCCCCUUUUGUAGCAAUCUUGCUGUCCUUGCAUAUGGUUAACAGUGGGAAAGAGUGGUCAGUGAGCUCAGUACUUAAAGAAUUAAGCUAAUAGCCACUGCUGUUAUUGCUGCAGGGAACUCCAGUCUAUAUGCGAGCCUCUUUUACACUAGGGAGUAAAUCACAUUAGCUUUUUUUAUGUGCCAUUAUUGUAAAGUGGCUUCUCAUCUGAGAUACUGCAGUGGCUUUAUGACUCCCUGAGAAGGAAAGCAGGUUUCUCCCUUUGCCCAGCUUUAAUGUUCCCCCCUCGCUGCCAUCUCAAAGAAGGGACCAGGAUGGAUGUUUGGCAGCUGCUGGCUCCGGUGCUUCCUCAGCAGAAUGCUCUUAAUUGAACUUGGAGAGCUCUCUGCAGAUGAAGCCUCAGGAGUUUUUGUCUGUAUCUCCUGCGUGGCCCAAUGGUUGAAAGAAAGUCUCAUUCCCUAACAGCAGCUGUGUGAAGAAAAUACAGGUGCUGUUGAUCCUUUUUAUGACUUUCAGAGCUGAACUUCUCUUCGCAGCGCUGUGUGGUUUCACUUGUCAAUUUCUGUCAGGAAUCCUUGCAUGUCAAAUAAAAAGAGCAGCUGCUUUACCUCUUCUGAGCCCUUUUCUCAAAGCACUGCUCCAUCCCAUUCCCAGCUGAUGGGGUCACAGGGGCACCUCAGGGUGCUGUGCUGCAGAUGCUGAGGCUGCCUGCAGGUAGGCGGUGCUUUCAUCAGCACUUGCCCUUUGGGGCUGGAUGGCUGCUGCUGAGGACAGCAAGGCUGAUGAGGACGUUGGUGUUGGUGGUGAAUGAGGUGCCUUGCCCUGAGCAGAGUUCAUCCAGAGCUGAAUGCGGCGAAUGGGGAAAGCUGCUGAUUUAAUGAUACAGCUUCAGAUGCUGCUGGGAUGGGAGAGAGGGGUUAUGGUGUAUUGUGGAGGUCAGCAGGAGUUCUCAAGUAAGGUUUCCACGGAGAUGAAGAGCAGGUCAAAUGCAAAGAGGCUUUCCAUGCAGAGGAGAGGCAUCACCAUUAAUGAGCAUUCUGGAUUGGAUGAGGAAGAACUGAAGAUGAAGGCCAUAGGUCUGUGGCAGCUGCAGGUCUGCAGUGGGUGUUAAGAAAAGGAAGCCAUGUUACUGAAGAUCCCCUUCUCUUCUGGAAGUAGAAGCACAGUGAAGAGAUGAAUCUAUUCAGCCAGACAUUCCUCCAGUAGUUAUUUCCCAUCGUGGAGCACCACGGCAGGGGGGAGAUGGACUCGAAGGAAGAAAGUCCUCAGGUGUGGCCUGACUCUGCUGAGCAGGACCAGAAUGCUGCUCAGGUGCACUUUGUCCCAGAAGCAGGGACGGUGGCACAGAUUGUGUACAGCGAGGAGCAGGAGCGUCCCUCCCAGCAGGUGGUGUACACAGCAGAUGGCACCUCGUACACCUCCGUGGACACCUCGGAGCACACGCUGGUUUACAUCCAUCCCGUGGAAGCUACGCAGACUCUGUUUACAGAUCCAUCCCAAGUGGCUUAUGUCCAGCAGGAUGCCACCACGCAGCAGGUAACUGUGCUCUUGCCUGCUGCUGCUCAGAGCAUGAAUCCCACCAACCUGUCUGUGCUCGGCAGCGUUGCUGAAUCCCCCCAGCAAAUGGCUCUGGAGCAGGGUCAACAAGCAGAUAGAGCAUCGUUACCGGUGCAUAACCAGGUGUUGCCUCCUAUGGAGGCAGUGGAUGGUUCUGACCCUCUGGCACCGCUGCAGAAUCAGAUGGAAAGGAUGGAAACAAAAGAGGAAGACGACGAGGAUGAAGAAGAUGAUGAAGAUGGGGAAGACACUGACAUGGAUGAAUGGGAUCCAGAUCCACCUCGACCGUUUGAUCCCAAUGAUCUGUGGUGUGAAGAGUGUAAUAAUGCACAUCCUUCUGUGUGUCCAAAACAUGGACCUUUGCAUCCGAUCCCAAACCGGCCUGUGCUGACCAAGGCAAGAGCCAGCCUCCCCUUGGUGCUCUACAUAGACAGGUUUUUGGGAGGAGUCUUCUCCAAAAGGCGCAUCCCCAAACGCACGCAGUUUGGACCUGUCGAAGGACCCCUGGUUAGACAAACUGAGCUCAAAGACUGCUAUAUCCAUUUGAAGGUGUCUCUUGAUAAAGGUGACAGAAAAGACAGAGAUUUACAAGAGGACCUGUGGUUUGAACUUUCUAGUGAGGCUCUUUGUAACUGGAUGAUGUUUGUGCGUCCAGCUCAAAACCACUUGGAGCAGAACCUGGUUGCUUAUCAGUAUGGCCACCACAUUUAUUACACAACCAUUAAAAACGUGGAGCCCAAACAGGAACUCAAGGUGUGGUACGCUGCCUCUUACGCAGAGUUUGUGAACCAGAAGAUCCAUGACAUAUCUGAGGAGGAACGCAAGGUUCUCAGAGAGCAAGAGAAGAACUGGCCGUGUUACGAGUGCAACCGUCGUUUCAUGAGCUCCGAGCAGCUUCAGCAGCACCUCAACUCCCAUGAUGAGAAGCUGGACUUCUUCAGCAGAGCCAGAGGAAGAGGUCGUGGGCGAGGAAAAAGAAGGUUUGGACCAGGCAGGCGCCCGGGACGCCCUCCCAAAUUCAUGCGUAUGGAAGUGACCAUUGAAAAUGGAGAGAAGUGUGAAGAAGGAACACAGGACUUGCUGCAUUUUUCCAGCAAGGGGCAGUUUGAUGAGGCCAGACAAGCAACACUGAAUGGGCUGGAGCAGCAGGAACAGACUCCAGUGCCAUCAGAGACACAGCCGACACUGGAGCAGCAGUCAGAAAGCCACCCACUGCAGAUCCAGCCCCAGCACGACGAGAGCGCGGCGCCUGCGCAGAGCACCAUGACUGCAGAUGACAUGAGGCGAGCAAAGCGUAUCAGGAAUGCAGCUCUUCAGCACCUGUUCAUAAGGAAAUCCUUCCGCCCAUUCAAAUGCCUCCAGUGUGGGAAGGCAUUCCGGGAAAAGGACAAACUGGAUCAGCAUCUGAGGUUCCACGGCCGGGAAGGGAGCUGCCCUUUGACUUGUGACAUUUGCAACAAGGGCUUUAUCAACAGUGGUUCUCUUGAGAGCCACAUGAAGUUCCACAUGGACCAGAAAACAUAUUCCUGCAUUUUCUGUCCCGAGUCCUUUGACCGGUUGGAUUUACUCAAAGAUCACGUGGCCAUUCAUAUCAUUGAUGGCUAUUUCACCUGUCCUACCUGCAAAAAGCGCUUUCCAGACUUCAUCCAGGUCAAGAAACACGUCCGCAGUUUCCAUUCGGAAAAGAUUUAUCAGUGCACAGAGUGUGACAAGGCUUUCUGCCGCCCCGACAAGCUGCGGCUCCACAUGUUGCGGCACUCGGACCGCAAAGACUUCCUGUGCUCCACGUGUGGCAAGCAGUUCAAGAGGAAAGACAAAUUGCGAGAGCACAUGCAGAGGAUGCACAACCCAGAGAGGGAGGCCAAGAAAGCUGACCGAAUCAGCCGCUCCAAAACUUUCAAGCCUCGCAUCGCUUCCACUGACUACGAGAGCUUCAUGUUCAAGUGCCGGCUGUGCAUGAUGGGCUUCCGCCGCAGGGGGAUGUUGGUGAAUCAUUUAUCAAAGAGACAUCCAGACAUGAAAAUAGAAGAGGUGCCAGAGCUCACGUUGCCCAUCAUCAAACCCAACAGAGAUUAUUUCUGUCAGUACUGUGAUAAGGUGUACAAGAGUGCCAGCAAACGCAAAGCUCAUAUCCUGAAGAACCACCCUGGUGCUGAGCUACCUCCAAGCAUCCGGAAACUGCGCCCUGCAGGCCCAGGAGAGCCAGAUCCCAUGCUGAGCACCCACACCCAGCUGACAGGCACUAUAGCCACCCCUCCAGUCUGCUGUCCUCAUUGUUCCAAACAGUACAGCAGUAAGACAAAGAUGGUGCAGCACAUUCGCAAGAAGCACCCAGAGUUUGCUCAGCUCCCUAAUGCUAUCCAUGCCCCCCUGGCGACAGCUGUCAUCAGUUCCACUCCUGCAGUCCUCACCACUGACAGCACUACUGGAGAGACCGUCGUGACAACAGACUUGCUGACACAAGCAAUGACAGAGCUGUCCCAGACCCUCACAACGGACUACCGAACUCCCCAGGGGGACUACCAGCGAAUCCAGUACAUCCCUGUGUCUCAGUCCACAACUGGCUUGCAGCAGCCUCAGCACAUUCAACUGCAGGUUGUUCAAGUGGCCCAGGCUACCUCACCUCACCAGUCUCAGCACUCCACAGUGGAUGUUGGACAGCUUCAUGACCCCCAGACGUACACCCAGCACGCCAUCCAGGUGCAGCACAUCCAGGUGGCAGAGCCAUCACCCACAGCUCAGUCAGCAUCGCAGGUUGGGGGUCAGCCUCUGAGUCCCUCCUCACAACAGUCACAGCAGGAACUCAGCCCCUCGCAGAUGCAGACAGCUGCAUCUACACAAAACCAAGCCCUCCAGCAGCAGCAAGGAUCUUCAGUUCAGCACACAUAUCUUCCCAGCACGUGGAACUCAUUUCGGAGUUACUCAUCCGAGAUCCAGAUGAUGACCAUCCCUCAAGGCCAGUAUGUCAUCACAGAGACAGCUGUAGGUACACCUGUCACCACUGUCAACACAGGGCAAGUGAAAGCAGUUACUCAGACUCACUACGUGAUAUCCGAAGGUCAACCUGAUCUGGAUGUCAAACAGAAUUCCUCACUCUCCAGUGAGGUGCAGGUUGGUGUUUCCCAGCCACCAACCCACACUGAUACUCUGGAAUCUCAAACCAGUAAUCAGCAGCAAACAACCCAGUACAUAAUCACUACAACCACCAAUGGAAACGGGGGCAGUGAAGUGCACAUCACUAAACCAAGAACUUUCUCAGCAGAACACGAGUGAAGAAGCACUGGGGUGUCACCUGUAUUUUUCACCUCCUCUAAAAGCCCAAGUAUAUGGGUAUCCUGGAGCUCAUCUGUUUUAAAGUAUAUGCUCACUUCAGCUAAAAUCCUGGAGCUCUUGUUAAUGCUUUAAGAGGGUUUAAGUCCUCAGUGGCCAUGAAGAAUUACCCUCAAAAUCCUUCUGGGAUGCCACUUUAUGCAGCUUUUAACAAAAAGGACAAGAGGAGAAAUGAAACCUCUGCUUGCCCUGGACUUUUUUGGCAUGUCUGCUGACCCUAAUUUUUUCCUUCUGAGAAGUGUCUCUGGUAGCCCUCUACUAUUUCAAUUGUAAGGGAGUAGCUUGCCCCUCUGAAGGCUAGUUGGCAGGUCAUGUUGUAUGUAUAUUUAUAAUGGAGCUGUUAAACAAGAGGACAUCAUGUAAAUUGCUGGAAUAUGGCAGAACUCCUUUCUCUGUCUUUGUUUCAGCAGCCAAGGUGAAAGGGAAUAUAAACUUGAGAGCAGACUUCCUGGAGAAAGAGAGCAGCAGUGCAGCGGUGACUCUGCGUAUGUGUGGGGAUGGAAUUGCAAUGAAGCUGUGACGACGUGCAGAAGCAGUCCAUUAAAUUAUUAUUUUUCCAACCCUCAAACUGUUUACAUGCUGUCUCACCUAUUCUACUUUACCAAGCAGUUCCAGAAAAAGGAUAAGUACAGCCUUAUGUUUGGAAUAAAACAAUAGCAGCACGUAACAGUAGUAUGGAGCCGCUGUUGUUAUUUUUCCCUCCAGAGUUUGCAGGGGAAAACACCUUUUUUGCCCAUAAACAAAAAAGGUUUACCUUAGCCUGCCUAGCAGCUUCUGCUGUGAUCUCUAACAAUAGAUCUGCCAGGAGAAAUGGCUAUAGAAACACACCAUCUGAAAAUGCAGGGUAGUCAUCUCUGUUGCCACCUCAAAGUUGGAUGUAUCUUUCUCUUGAAGACUGGAUGAAGAGUUGGUUAUGCUGGUUUUCCAAAUACCUUGUUAAAAACACACUAAUUCCUUUUGGACAGUUUCUUAAAAUGACCAGCCUUGGACUCAGGAAACACAAGAAAAAUACCAGUGGACCACUAUUUACAGGACACAGAAAGCCAUCUGCAAGAGUUGCCUGCUUUGCAAGACCUGGUCUAUGUACAGAACUCGUGUUAUGUCUAGGGACCAGGAGAGAGGGAAAGGUGUUGUUUAUUUUUCUUUUAAGGCAGUGGGUUUUUUUCUUACAUAAUUCUCCUUCACAGGUCGUGUUGGUUGGUUAUUUAAUGCUUUUUGGUAUUUGCAAGAGUAUGAUUACAACACCAUCUAUACUGCUGAUGGGCUGUACUGUAUCUGUCUAAAUGUUCAUUCGUUCUGCUUGGAGCCUCAUUCCAGAAUAUCAGUGCAUAACAGGAUAAGUUUAUUUAUAGAGUUGAAAGCAGAGAAGUUUUGUCGUAAUGGCCCUUGAGAAAGGCCAGAAGAACUAAAAGAGGAUCUCAGUUUUUUCAUUUUCUCUUAACGCUGCGUUGAGUGCAAAUCUGGAACUCUGGUGUAAUUGCUUCUACAGAUUGAGAUGGAGUUGAAUCAUGUGAGCAGUGUUACACAUGUACACAGGUUGUGGUGCCAGGCCUUACGGAGGCAAAGCUCUUGGAUAUGAGAGAACUUACUGCUCAGACUUGGAAAGCAGAUGUCUUGUGACUUGCUGGCAAAGCCUUGUAGCAUGUAUUCCCUUGGUGAAUAACGUAUCUAUGGAAAUAGUGACUGUGCAUGAUGAGAAACCCUGAUUAAAAUACUGGCCAGUCCAGAACUGUUUCAAGGUAGCUUUGAAGUGAUUUGCCAAAGUGUAGAUGAAUUUGUGCCUGGGAUUUCACUUCUCUUCUUGCAGCCACAGUAGUGGGGCAUUAACUAAUAAUUGGGGCAUUAAUGAGAUCAGUAAGUCGUUGAAGACCUGAGCUCCCAUUCAGUCAUGUGCAGUGAUGAGUCUUGGUUCUGUGCAUUUGGGAGCUCAUCUACUUAAGCAGUGCAGCCAAGCAGCUGUGAUUCCCCUUGAUUCAUUUGAAAUCACGUUGCUGAGCACUUUUUAAAUAACAGGCCAUUGCAGUGUUUGUAUGGGAGAAUAGAAAGGAGCUCUUCAUACUGGCUUUGCCUCAGUGUCCCUUCUUAGGAAAGGGUCUGCUGCAUGAACAAAAGUCACACAUGUGGUAUGAGCAGCAGGAAAGUAGAAGACUGGGAAAUUAAAUAAUUGCAAAUGGAUGCUGCUCUACAGGAGCAUUUUUAAAGUCUUAAAGCCUGAAAUCUUUGGUGUCAAACUUUAAUGAUUUUGCAAAUGUGAAAUUAAAAAAAAGAACCAUCAACUUUGCUUUAUUCAACUUUGUGGAGGGUUGCAGAAUGAGGACGCUUGCUCUUGUGCCAGUUUUUCAAAGCUGAAAAGUGCAAAGUGUUCCAGGAAACAGUUGUAAAAUGGCAUCUUUGAACUCACCCCUGCUGUAUUGAAAUUUCUGCUCUGUCCCACAGCAAUAGCAG